AUGCGUCCCUCCUCGCGCCGGCGAGCGGCCGCCUGGCUGCUGGCGCUGCCGUUAGGAAGAGGAGGAGAGGAAUGCGCACGCCGCGGCCGCCUGGAGAUGAUCUCGUUCUGGCUGCUGUGCUGGAAGCUGCUGAGAGCUACAGCCGGUCUGAGGAGAAAUACACCCGAGCUGACAGACGGUAACCCUGACGACGACGACGCCUCCGACAACCCUCCCACACAACCAGCAGAUCCGGUAACCAUGGAGAUCAGCUCCUCGCCGCCACUCACAGACCUGGAGAGAGACGGCUUCUUCAGCUACCAGAUCCAGGAUCAGCCGGACGGGCCGGCGGCGGGGAAGGAGGCCGCGGGCGGGGAGUACGACAAAGGAGACGAGUGUGACUACCUGGUGUUUGAGAUUGGAGAGGAGAAGGGAGCAGCCAGAGGGGCUGGGAGCGAAGGAGGGGAUGAGGGCAGAGGGGAAACCGAGGGGCAGGAUGAGGGCAGAGGGGAAAUAGACGGAGAAGAAGAAGGGAGGGGGGAAACCGAAGGAGAGGAUGAGGGCCGGAGAGACAUGGAGAUCAAGGAUGAAGACAGAGGGAGAGUGGAAGGAGAGGACGGGAAACAAGGAGAAACAAAGACUGAGGACUUGGGGAAAAGAGAGAUCGAGGGGGAAGACGGAGGACAAGGCGGCAGCAGUGAGGAGUGGAUGGAAGGAGCAGGGAGAGAGGAGCGAGGCGACUCGGCGCUGGACCUGCUGCUCGACGGCGACCCUCUGCUGGCUCGUCCGAGCCCUGGGGUCACGACCUGCUCGGCACGGACGACCUGA